AUGGUCGCCGACGCCCUCGUCUACCACCCCUCCGUGGCGCACUACCUUCGCUUCGCCGCCACCACCGUCGGCAAGGACAAGCUGCUGCGGCUGCUGCAGUACUUUGCGCGGUUCUACUCGUGGUACCUGCUGCGCACCAACGGCACCCCGGACGCCAUUGCGCCCUGGAACGCCAUCAAGAAGCAGUUUGGCACCGUGCGCAAGGUCCUGCGCUUCGGCAAGAACGUUGAGCACCUAAAGGCCGCCGCCGCCGCCGCCGACGCAAAGGGCCUCGACCCCGUCCUCCAGUACGCCGCCGUCGGCCGCCAGCUCGGCUACGCCUCGUACCUCACCUUUGACGCCCUCGCCCUGCCCGACGUCCUCGGCAUCCGCAAGAACCCAAACGUAAAGACCCUCACCACAAACGCCUCCCGCGCCUGGGCCGUCGGCAUCAUCUUCAGCAUCGUCGCACAGACGUAUACCCUCUACCGCCUGCGUCUGCGCGAGGCCCAGCUCGACCGCAAGGACGGCGAGGGUGUCAUUGAGAGCAAGCGCAUCAAAAUUGAGAGAGCCGCGAGCCAGCUCCAGCUCCUCUCCGAUGUUUGCGACUUGGCCAACCCCGUCUCCGCCCUGGGCUGGGUCGACUUUGACGACGGCCUCGUCGGUCUCGCCGGUACUACUUCCAGUUUGAUCGGCAUCUACAACCAGUGGCGCAAGACGGCCUAG